CAAUCUAUAAUCUAAAAAGUACGAGCUGUUGGUCUCGUACGUCGUGCGUUGUUGUUGUUAUGGUAUAUAAAUGUUAGUUCUCAGUUUUAAGACCAUAAGCAAAGCUAUCUUCGCUUGCCGUGCGUUAGCAGUAGUAUCAGCGAAGAUGUCGAACCCCGAGAAUUACAAAGAAGCCAAGUCCAUCUACGAGUUCAGCGCUAAAGACUUGAACGGCGAAGAUGUGUCUUUGGAAAAAUAUAAAGGGCACGUAUGCAUCAUAGUCAACGUCGCUUCCCAGUGCGGCUACACGAAGAACAACUACGCCGAGCUGGUGGAGCUGCACGAUCAAUACGCAGAAAGUAAGGGGUUGAGGAUCCUGGCGUUCCCUUGCAACCAAUUCGCUAACGAGGAACCGGGAGACAGCGCGCAGAUUUGCCAGUUUGUCCAGAGCAAAAACGUUAAGUUCGACGUGUUCGGAAAAGUCAACGUGAACGGGAGCGAGGCCCACCCGCUGUGGAAUUAUCUGAAGUACAAACAGGGAGGGACUUUGGGCGACUUUAUCAAAUGGAACUUCACCAAAUUCGUGGUUGAUAAAAAUGGACAACCUGUGGAAAGGCACGGACCCAGCACAAAUCCUAAAGAUUUGGUGAAGUCUUUGGAGAAAUAUUGGUAAAGUACGUUGCAGACUGAUGAAUAAUCUAUGUUGUAGACCGCAGAUAAAUAUUUAUUGUUAUAUAGGUAUUGUAGUGCUUAAUAUUUUAUCAGACACGUAUUAUUAUGUAUGUCUAUAUUAAUAAAUGCUUGAAAUACCUAAA